AUGGCGACAAAAGGACAGCUUGUUAGAGAAAGGAAUGUGAAGAUCACAUCAAGCCGUGAAGGUCGUCAAAGGGGUAAUUCACACUCAGAUCAAUUAGUGCAAGUUCCGAAGCAGAAGGACUCGGCAGCCAGUGGAAACAUUGAUGGAAAAUUUGAAGAUAGAAUCAGAGUUGUGAAGAAUGACAAGAUUCGUAGGCAGCGAGAACCUCGAAAUGCAGAAGGGGAUGUAGGCUUGAAGAGCUCAAAACCAUGGCCUGCACGAAAAGCAACUACUGUUGAUGAACUUGUCAAGCAUAUGUCCAAAGUUCCUUCAUAUUUACAGCGCAAAGAGACGGCUGACCAUCUUCAGGACAAGGCACUGAAUGUUGGGGUUCUUGAGUGGGGCCUUCUCGCAAGGUGGUCUCAUGAGCAAAAACAUGAGCCCUGUAGCAGCCAUGGAGCCUCUUCAUCUGAUACCAGCAGAUCUGUUCUAUUCUCUUCUCCAUCUCAUUCUUCUGCAAGCCCCAGCAGCAAAUCUCUUGAUAGCAAUCAGUCUCCACUGAAUGACCACCAGCGUUGUUUUAUGAAGUCUCAGCAAAGCAGUCGUGUGGACAAACACCAUGAGAAGGCCAAUUCACCUAGCCCAAAUUCCGCAGUGUUGAGCUUGUUGCCAGGGCAUGGCAAGCACCUUCGUGCAGAGAACAAUGGUAACAGUGGUGGCUUAAAUUUCAGCGAGUUUUCUCCCCCCGCAGACUCUCUGAUUGCUGCCUCUGGGAGUUGCACGCCGCAUGAUAUGGUUGAUGAAGAUACUACAAGGAAGAUAGAGGAGGCUGUUCAUCACUGUUCACGCAGGCUUUUUACAGAUGAUGAUAACACCGGGAGAAGUUUCUUCACACCCAAUGACGAUGAUUCCAUGUGUGUUGACCCUCUGCAGAGCAAUGGCAUCAGUGGUCUAAUACCUAGCGCUGUGCUGGAAACAGAAAGAAAUGGCAGCACGUCACCUGUUGGUUUCUUGGAGGAUAUUGGCCAAUCCCCUGAAUUUCCUCGUAUUCCAUAUUCAUGUCCACUCCCCAUCAUGGAUUCCACUGAAGAGCUUGGCACCAGUAGCUCUGCAACUAGAGAUACUUUUGUUUGUGCAGCUGUAACAAAAGGUGAAAACGGUAACAGACACAAAUCUCCUGUUAGUGUCUGCAAGAAACCCCUCAUGAUUAGCUCAAAGUUCACUGAUAUGGAUGUGCUGCCUGAUCGCCACCUUGUUUCUGGGCUGAAUGGAGUGAACAGAUGCUCUAGCCUGAAGGAAGCACCAUCUCCUCGACGGCCUGACACCUCUGUGGAUAAGAUUAAUGAGGACAAGCGAUCAAACAGCAGAGGUAGGCGCAGCCCAUUAAGGAGGAUGUUAGAUCCACUAUUAAAACCUAGGCAAUCAUCCACUUCUGUUGCGCCAACUCAACCUUCAUUUGUUCCAAAGUGUCAUCUGUCAACCAAUAUUAAUAAGCAAUCUCUUAACUUGGAAGGGUCCGGGUCACAAAAUGUGCAGCGUAGGUCAGUUGAUGCAGUAGUCAAUUCAAAUAACCAUGCUGAAGCAAACAUAAAUCAGCCUCCUCGUGUGCUGUUGAACAGUGAGAGGUACCUCAACCAAGAAAGGGAUUCAACAACAACAAGGCAAGCGCUUCUUCAGCUAGCAUGGAAAAACGGCCUACCUUUAUUCAUGCUUUCUUAUGGUGAUUCUGAUAUCCUGGCGGCCACUGUGAGAAGGAAGGGCAUCUCUGAUAAGGAUGAUCUGGAAAGUGCAUACACUUUAUUCACUGUUGAAGAGCCCAAGAAAAAGAGUGGAGCUUGGAUCACAGCAGGUAAUAAGAACAAGAAACAUCAGUUGGUAUCCAGUAUUGUUGGGGAAAUGAGGAUCUCACGACGAAAAUCGAGAUGCUGCCAUGCAAAAGAUUUUCAUGUGCACAGGGAAUUUGUGCUGGUUGGUUCUGAACUGCUACCAACACCUGAGGAACCUGGUGAUUCACACAUUAGCAGGGAAAUUGGGGCUUUUAUCAGCGCAGUUCCUCAAACAGUAGAAAGUCCUCAUCAAUCAUCUUCACAGAAUUCUAGCCGAGAUAGUUCAGCACCAAUUGGCUGCUCUUGCCCUCCUCUGGGAAACAUCUACCGUAACAUGACAAAUGCUAGUUCAGCUCCAGCCAGUGUUAUUGCCAUACUACCGAACGGCUUCCACGGCGCAUCAACUUCUGGACAGCCUUUACCUCUGAUGGAGAGGUGGAGAUCCAGAGGAUCAUGUGACUGUGGUGGGUGGGAUGAAGGUUGCACGCUGAGUGUCCUCACCGACAACACCCAAGGAAACCAAGGAUGCAAGUCUAUUCAGGUGAACCAAACGCAGGAUGGCAGCCAUCGAUUCGACUUGCUCUCUCAGGGUCGAUCACGGGAGGAUCGUCAUGCCUUCAGUAUGGUUUCGUUUAAAGAAGGGUUAUAUGCAGUCGAAUUCAGAUCAUCCAUUGCUUUACUUCAGGCCUUCGCUAUGUGUAUAGUGAUGCUUCAUGGGAGGAGCCCUGUGAGGACGCAGGCCGAUUUGCCAACCUCGCAAGACGAUGCAGUCUUUGCCGAUCAUAAGCUGAAGGCUAUGGCAGCAGCCGGCCAAGGUAGAGCUCCGGCCAGCUAUGUGCCGCGUCAGCCACCUCUAUCUCCCGUAGGGCGAGCCUAG